GUGUGAGUUGUUUACAUUACUGGAGAAACAAGUGAGGUUUUUCUUGUCGGACUGGACUGUAUCUGCACAUUACAGCCGCAGCAGGACUCAGGCAGGUCAGGGAUGAUCUGCAUACUGCUGGUAGCCGGACACGGCACGGUGUUAGACACACAAAUCAAGAAUGAUGUCACCGGGUUCUACAGCCACCUGACUGGAGUCCCAAAGGCUUUGCUUCCAGGGAUCGGUGGGAAGAAGAUCCUUGACUUCUGGUGGGAAACAGUCAACAUGAGACAAAUCUUUACUGAGGUGUAUCUGGUCACCAACGCAGACAAAUAUAAGCACUUCGAGCGCUGGGCCACAGCCAAUGACUUCCCGGUGGAAAACGUGGUGAACGAUGGCAGCACCACGUUAGAGGACCAGCUCGGGGCCGUAGCUGACCUGGAACUGGUCAUUCAGAGUCGAAAGCUGCAGGAUGAUGUGGUGGUGAUUGCUGGAGACAUGCUGUGUGCAGACCAGAACUUUGACAUUGCUCAAGUUAUUCGCUUUUUCAGGUCAAAGCCUGGAGAGCUGAUCAUCUACUACGAGAUGGAGGAAAGUGAAAGACGUAGCUCCAGGGGGAUUGUGGAGGUCUGUCCUGAGACCCACAGGAUAACUGGAUUUGUGGAGAAACCUGAGGAAGGACGGACUGCGUCACGGCUGGCCAGUGUGGUGUUUUACUGCAUCCAGAGAGAAACCCUGUCCUACAUGUCAGACUUCCUUCACCUGCAGCCUCAAACCUCAAACAAGACCUUUGGACAGUUCUGGGAGUGGUUCAUCAAUGAGAAACGACAGGACGUGUUUGGAAUGAAGCUUCCUACUGGUUUCCAGCUCAUUGGACAAGUGGGCCUGUCAGACUACACAAAGUGGCUCAGUCAUUACUCCAACAAGAAGCAAGAGAACUGCAGUGAACCAAUCAUGUGUCGUUCAUACGCCAGGGUGGGAUUAAUAGGAAACCCCUCAGACGGCUUCAAUGGGAAAACUAUAGCUAUGACCAUCUCUAACUUCUGGGCUGAGGUUACUCUGCUGGAGAGCCAGACUUUGGUCUUGGUCCCUCACCCACUGAAUGACCCGACAGAAUUUGGCAGUCUUCAGGACCUGUUCUGUAUCAGCAGGCAGGAGGGAUAUCUGGGAGGUCUGCGUCUGCUGCAGGCUACAUGUAAGAAGUUCUACCAAUUCUGCUCCAAAAGAGGAAUUGCUUUGACGAAGCAGAACUUCACUCUGAAGUACGACACCAACAUUCCUCGGCAAGUGGGCCUUGCUGGAAGCAGUGCCAUUAUUUCAGCUACUCUGAAGUGUCUUAUGAAAUUCUACAAGAUCACAGACAAUGAUCUUCCUAAACCAGUUCGAGCCAACUUCAUCCUCAGUGUGGAGACUGAUGAGCUGUUCAUCACUGCUGGCCUGCAGGACAGAGUUGUGCAGGUCUGUUUACACUGAUGACUGUCUGGGCUCUGGGAAUCUGAAGAUGGUUCAGCUGGCAAAGCAGUUCGGCACAGCAGUAAAAUUACCAGGCAGUGGGGGGGCUGUAGUGGGCCUGUGUCUGGACCAGGACAAACUGGUGGAGAUGAGGCAGGCUUUCCAGGAGGCAGGUUGUGUGUUCUGCAUCAUCACACCCUACAACCCAUGUGUCGGUUCUGUCCGAGGUCCACGCUGACCUCACACACCUGUCACUGCUUGGUCAGACCACCUGAGGCUCACAGUCCUCAGUCAGACAGCACUGCCCCCCCCCCCCACAUAUAAAUAAAUCAGAAAACAACAAAUCAGUACUUUGACUCGAUUAGUUUUUAUCAAAUGGAAGUCUAGAAGCUAAAUGUUGGAAGAAGAAAAUCAUUCUGGUUCUUUAAAUCACAGAAUCCAGCUUUAUAGAAAGCUUAGCAUAAUUUAAUGUGUCAAGUUUUUCUAAACGUGGAAAAUGAUGUCAUUGUUUUCUACAUGUAUGAUAUAAUUCUGUAGAUUUUAUGGACUCGAUCUGUUUUAUUAUGAUUGUAAUUUUUGUUCUGCAAAUAAAAGCUCUUUAUAAACUUGUAA